AUUAAAAUCUUUCAACAUACAAUUUCCCUGUGGUCCCCAUUUCUCUCGAAUUUCCUCUCAUUUUAUCGACUUAGUAAAACUCUUCGUUUGUUUUCCCUUGUCCUUGUCCUAAUCCAGCGAGGAGAUCACCCCAUAACCCCAUUCAUUCAUUCAAUCAAUUUCGUCCCUGACGGAAAAUGGGAUCCUGCUAAGGUUGUUCAUCCAUCCAUCUAGCUUUCACACUUUAACUGCUAGCUGGAUUCUGUUUCCUUUUGCUACCUAAGCUACUUCACUUCCUUUUUUCCCACAAGGUAGAAGAAAAACGGGGUUGCAUUUUGUUUUUCCCUCUUGGGGAAGGAAAGUAGGGGGAAAAAAAAAAUAGGGCUAAAGCUACCAACUUUUAAUUGAAACAGAAUGUAGGUAUUUGCAAGAGAAGGCUUUAUAAGUCAGCAAAAGCUACUUUGUUUCUGAAACGGAAAAAAAAAGAAGAAAAUACUAGCUUAGCAGUCAGAUCUGCAUCUAAUUCUGCGCCGGCUGCAUAUCCAAACAUUCUCGCAGAUCAACUUGGGAUAAAGUCUCUGUUUUUGUUUCAAUUGAUCUUUGCUUUGUGGAAGUUUGGGGCUUCUGAAUUCUGAUAGCUGGCGAGAGAGAAAGGUUUGUGAAGUUGAGUUGUUGGGUGUGCUUGAGGAAACGUUCUCUCUGGUGGGGCUAGAGCCUAAGAGAUGGCCUCCGGUGAAGGGAGGCGUCGUCACCAUGAUCUUGUGCCUCUUGCUGCAUUGCUUAAGAGGGAGAUGAAGAGUGAGAAGAUGGAGAAACCCACUGUUAGAUAUGGUCAUGCCGCUCAGUCUAAGAAAGGGGAAGAUUACUUUCUAGUCAAGACUGAUUGUCAGCGAGUACCCGGGAACUCUUCAACUUCCUUUUCUGUUUUUGCGAUCUUUGAUGGACACAAUGGAAAUGCUGCAGCCAUUUUUGCUAGAGAGCAUUUGUUAAAUCAUGUGUUGAGUGCUCUUCCUCGAGGGCUUGGCCGAGAUGAGUGGUUGCAAGCUUUGCCUAGGGCAUUGGUUGCUGGAUUUGUUAAGACUGAUAAGGAAUUUCAGAGCAGAGGAGAAACUUCUGGAACCACAGCUACGUUUGUGAUAGUGGAUAGGUGGACUGUGACAGUUGCAUCUGUUGGAGAUUCCCGUUGUAUACUAGAUACACAGGGUGGUGCUGUUACCACCUUAACGGUUGAUCACAGACUCGAAGAAAAUAUUGAAGAGAGGGAACGUGUUACUGCAAGUGGAGGUGAAGUUGGGAGGCUUAGCAUUGUUGGUGGUGCUGAGAUUGGUCCUCUUCGUUGCUGGCCUGGGGGUCUAUGCCUUUCAAGGUCAAUAGGAGAUAUGGAUGUUGGGGAGUUCAUAGUUCCAGUACCAUAUGUCAAACAAGUGAAGCUAUCAAAUGCUGGUGGUAGGCUUGUAAUUGCUUCUGAUGGCAUCUGGGAUGCCGUGUCCUCCGAAGUGGCUGCUAAAUCUUGUCGUGGUUUGCCUGCUGAACUUGCGGCUACGCAGGUUGUGAAGGAAGCACUAAGGACAAGAGGGUUAAAGGAUGAUACAACUUGUAUAGUAGUUGACAUAAUCCCACCUGAUAAUGAGUUGCCACCAACUCCUCCCCCCAAAAAGCAUAACAAGUUCAGAGACCUUUUCUUCAGAAAAAGAUCCCGUGAUUCUGCCGGUAAACUGUCAAAGAAGCUUUCAGCUAUAAAUAUAGUGGAGGAACUCUUUGAAGAAGGAUCAGCAAUGCUUGCUGAAAGAUUAGGGAGUGAUGAGAACUCAGGACAAUCAACAUCUGGCCUUUUUGUUUGUGCUGUGUGUCAAGUUGAUCUUGCUCCAAGUGAGGGUAUCUCAGUCCAUGCGGGUUCCAUCUUCUCCACCAGCUCCAAGCCCUGGCAAGGACCUUUUCUGUGCUUUGAUUGUCGCGAUAAGAAGGAUGCGAUGGAGGGAAAACGCCCCAGUGGAGUUAAAGUGUCCUAGGAUCAAAAUUGAUGAUGCCCUAUUCUUUAUUGUCAUCCUUCAUUCUUUUUUUCAAUCACGAUUUUUAUAGGCCAAGUAAUUGAUUGAAUCUCACUAUGGAGUAGCAAUAGAUGUAUGGUGUAUGUGAUAUGUGGAAAUUCAUCUAAGAAUGACAUUACAUUUGAAUAGCAAAAGGCUGGUAGAGAUCCUGGACUGAAGUUUUGGGCGUCUGCAGAAUGUUCAUCUGUGGUUGAUUGUUAAGAUCAGUGCCAGCUUGAUUCUUUUGUAUAUCAGCAUGAUCUUGGUUAUGAGAAUUGUAGAACAUACUACGUUCACUCCAAUACUGUAUAUAUAUAGAUUUCUUUAACCUUGUCAAGCAUUGGGGAAUAGAAA